GCCUGCUGAUAAAUGGGCUGAAAACAAAUUAUACCCCGAAUCCAACCCAAGUCGCCUCUGCUGUGGUGGCGUUGGGAUAAAAAAAAGGCGGUGGCGCUGUCUGAAAGUGUUGGUGGUUGAUUAAUGAUGGCAGCACUGCAGAAUUUGAAGCUCCUUCAUCUGUCACGCUUCACUGCUCCACCCUAUUCCAAUCUCUCUGUUAAGUGGGUAAAGAUGCUGCCGCAUUAUCCCAUUAGGAGCUUUGCUACUGUUAGUUCUUCAAAGCUUAAACCACGCAACAACAAGAGGAGGAGACUGGAUGAUGUAUGUCUCGAAAGGUUUCAGCAAUACAGCAGAACCUAUGUACAGUCAUGGAUCCUGCAAGGCAAAGUCAUUGUUGAUGGUAAGGUGAUAUAUAAAGCUGGAACUCCUGUAUCUGAUAAAUCUGUCGUGGAGAUCAAAGCUGAAAUUCCAAAAUAUGUAUGUAGGGCAGGACAUAAAUUGGAGGCUGCCAUUGAGCAACUUGGUAUUGAUGUAGCUGGAAAAGUAGCUCUUGAUUCAGGUUUAUCAACUGGAGGAUUUACUGAUUGUUUACUUCAGUAUGGUGCUUCUUUUGUUUAUGGAGUAGAUGUGGGAUAUGGACAGGUGGCAGAAAAAAUCCGCUGUGAUGAGCGUGUAUCUGUAAUAGAUCGGACAAACUUGAGAUAUCUUUCUGAACUUCCUCAAAAAGUCGAUUUGGUGACGCUGGAUCUUUCAUUCAUAUCCUUACUUCUGGUCAUGCCGGCUGUGGUCAAUUUAAUGAAAGAAGAUGCUGUAUUGGUUACUCUAAUAAAACCUCAGUUUGAGGCUCGCAGAUCACAAGUUGGAGGCGGCGGAAUCGUGCGAGAUCCUUUAGUUCAUAAAGAGGUGCGUGAGAAGAUAAUUAGUGGUGUAGAAAAUUUUGGCUUUCAAUGUAACGGCUGGAUUGAAUCUCCUCUGAAGGGAGCUGAAGGUAAUGUAGAGUUUUUGGCCUGCUAUAGUAGAAUCGCUGUGGAGGGUGCUGAUCUCUCGCGUGCAGAAGACGGUACGACUGCGAAGUGAGAACAAAUUCAUUUAGAACAGCUGGUCCCAUCACACACAAGCAAAGCCCGGAAAUGAAGUAGGUUGAAAGCAUUUGAAUUUUGUAAAAAUUGCAUUAAGCUAUAUACUAUGUCUGCCUUGUAAAAGAUUCUAAUGUUACCAAUUGCUUUUUUAGAUGCAGCGCAUCACUAAAGCCCUAUUGUAGUCCGAUGUUAAUAUUAGAAUAGAGGUAACUGUUGCAAUAUAAAAUCAAAAAGUAUAUUUUAUUGGUAAA